CUAUUGAUCAUGGAACUUGGUCUCAAUGUUGUGGUCAUACGAAAAGUAGCUUACACCGAAAUUGAUUGGGAAGCUUACAUGCAAGAAGUCGAAUUCUGGUUGGACGGGGAAUUGGACUACCGCAAAAUCUAUGGAGGAACUGGGCCAUUGGUAUACCCUGCAGGCUUUCUCUACCUUUUUGCGUGGCUGCGGAAAUUGACAAAUUCGGGCAACGAUAUUCAGACAGCGCAGUACAUUUUUGCUGCAUUUUAUGUAGGCACGCAAUUUGCCGUGCUAUUAUUGUAUCAGCAAAUUCUCAGCUCUUGGCUUGGUAUGGCCGUGUUGUGUUUGUCCAAACGAAUUCAUUCCAUUUUUGUUUUGCGUCUUUUUAACGACGGGCCUACUAUGCUGCUUCUUUACAUAUCAAUGCUACUCUUUACGUGGAAUCGUUGGAACGUGGGCUGUGUCGUCUUCUCCAUGGCGGUAUCAAUCAAGAUGAACGUUUUAUUAUUCGCACCUGGUUUGUUAUUGCUCCUCCUCCAGGUGGGCCCCGAUGCACAAACAGUUGCUCUACGGCUUGGAUUAGGAUGUGCUCUACCACAGCUGAUACUGGGGGCACCAUUUUUGACGACGUACCCGGUUUCGUACCUGAGAAAAGCGUUCGAACUGGAUCGCGUUUUCUUCUAUAAAUGGACUGUCAAUUUCAAGUUCUUACCGGAGGAAGUUUUCUUGUCGAAGGGAUGGGCCAAGAUUCUUGUGGCGCUUCAUGUCGGAACGUUGGCGUUCUGCGCUACCCAACAACUAGCCCAAGCCAAACGUAAAACAUCGAAGCAGAUCUUCCUGUUGGACCAAAGUUCUUCGAACCAGAAUGCCCGUCGAAUUUCUCCCGAGUAUGUUGUGUACAUCAUGUUUCUCUCAAAUUUUAUCGGUAUAGCCUUUGCGAGAACUCUGCACUAUCAGUUUUAUUGCUGGUACUUUCACGGCUUGCCGUACCUCCUUUGGUCAAUACCGAGUUAUCCUUUGCUUUUAAAGAUUGUGAUAAUGGGGUGCAUUGAGGCAGCGUUUUUGUCAUUUCCGGCGACUUCUUGGAGCUCCGCCAUAUUGCAGAUCGCUCACCUUGCGAUUUUGCUG